UAUAAUAGUUAAACUUUGUAUUUACGAAAACAUUUAAUACAAAUUACAAUUAUGAAGUACGCAUUAUUAUUUGUAUUUGCCUUUGUUGUACUAGUAAGUACCGAGGACCUAGAAGGUUUACGAAAGCAACUAUAUGGUCGCAUUGAUGCACUGGCAAAGUUAAUUCAAAAUGAUAUAAAAACCUACGAAAACACCAAGGUGAAUACCACCGAGGAGUUUAAGGAUCUUAAGAGGGAUAUACCACUAUUGGAAAAAUACAGACAUGACGUGGACAUAGCCGAGAACCUGGAUCAAUUGCAUCUGGUAGAAAAUAGCAUGAACUAUGAGGAGCAGGUUGUACCCCGUUUUCUGGGACUGGGUGUUCAGUGCCCGCCUGAAAUA